GUGAGAAUAACAAUGCCAUUCAAAAUUUCAUCCCUAUUCUUUGCUACCACAUUCCAUUUCACACGAGAAAUCCAACGAUUAUUAAAAGCUGGGAGGAGUGUUUUGUAUGGUGAGUAGUUCAGAUUUAAACUGGCAGAAGUAUUGCCCUGUGCCGCAUCCCGACCUCCCUUCUGUGAUUCUUUCUUUGCCGUACAAAUGUCCUCCCUUUCCUCCAUUGCUGCCAUUUCCACGCCGCCGUCUUCUUUCAGAACUGCGUGGUUUCCCUCUCGUUCUCGACCCUCCUUGCGUUUUCCACAGCCUCCUCACAGUCGGUUUGGUGUCAGAUGCAGUUAUACAGAAGCAAAUGUGAAGGGUGACUCUGAAUCUGAUACAAUUGAUGUUGUGGCUAAUGUCAAGGCUGAACGGGUUGUAGUCUUAGGAGGCGGUGGUUUUGUUGGGUCUGCAAUUUGCAGGGCUGCAGUAUCCAAGGGCAUAGAAGUCAUAAGCCUAAGCAGGUCAGGGAGUCCUUCUUAUUCAAGUUCAUGGGUGGAUCAAGUUACUUGGAAAACAGGAGAUGUUUUUUAUGCAAACUGGGAUGAAGUAUUAGUUGGGGCUACUGCUGUAGUUUCGACCAUUGGUGGAUUUGGUAGUGAUGAACAAAUGAAAAGGAUUAAUGGUGAGGCUAAUGUUUUAGCAGUGAAUGCAGCAAAAGAUAAUGGAAUUCCCAAAUUUAUCUUAAUCUCAGUGCAUGACUAUAAUCUACCAUCAUUUUUACUUUCAUCUGGAUACUUCACGGGAAAGAGGAAAGCAGAGUCAGAGGUUCUCUCAAAAUACCCAAACUCUGGUGUUGUUCUAAGACCGGGUUUCAUAUACGGGAAAAGAAGGGUGGAUGGCUUUGAGAUCCCGCUGGAUCUAAUAGGAGAACCGUUGGAGAGAAUUCUGCGUGCUACCGAAAGCUUCACAAAACCUUUAAGUUCUCUUCCAGCAUCUGAUGUACUUUUGGCACCACCUGUUAGUGUUGAUGAUGUUGCCUUUGCAGUGAUUAAUGCAGUGGUGGAUGAUGAUUUCUUUGGAGUUUUCACAAUUGAGCAAAUCAAGGAAGCUGCAGCGAAAGUGAAGGCAUGAGUUUGUCAUGUUGUAUGCGACAUUUUCUCUGUCAAAUCCAAAUCGCAGUAUAGCCUGCUGCUUUGACAACAUGUAUGGGGAUAGUUCAAACUUCAAGUUAUACUAGCACAGGUUUCAGAAGUCUUUUAGCUUUGAUGCAAAACCUUGCGUGCUGGCCCCAAAAUCUGGUUGAACAAAAAACAUGGGAGUAAAAACCACAUCUUUCAUCGCCAAUUUAAAUGUAACAAUCUCAUCUAUUUAUAAGUAAUAUUAAAAGGAGAUUCUCUACCUUUUGUGCUUAUUUUAAAGUUGUAAGAUAAAUUUUAAAUGUAUUUAUUAAAUGUUUUAGUAAAUUGUAAUAUGAAAAAAAAUGAAUGUCUCA